CACCCUCCGUCGCCGGGCUGCGCCGCCGUCGCCGGGACGCGCUGCCGAGCUCCUCGCCGCCUCCAUCCCCGCGGCCUCCGCUCCCCUCUCCGUCCGCACACGCACCAUGACGAAGAAUGAGAAAAAGUCCUUCAACCAGACCUUGGCCGAGUGGAAGCUCUUCCUCUACAACCCGACCACCGGACAGUUCCUGGGGCGCACGGCCAAGAGCUGGGGUUUGAUCUUGCUCUUCUACCUAGUUUUCUAUGGGUUCUUGGCUGCACUCUUCACAUUCACAAUGUGGGCUAUGCUUCAGACUCUGAAUGAUGAGGUUCCAAAAUAUCGUGACCAGAUUCCCAGUCCAGGACUGAUGGUUUUUCCAAAACCACGGACUGCACUGGAAUAUACAUUUAGUGAGUCUGACCUAAAUUCCUAUCUAAGGUACAUUGAAGACCUUCAUUACUUUUUGCAGCCAUAUUCUUUAGAAGAACAGAAGAAUCUCACAAACUGUCCUGAUGGAGCACUAUUUGAACAGAAGGGUCCAGUUUAUGUUGCAUGUCAGUUUCCUGUUUUCUUGCUUCAAGAAUGUAGUGGUAUGAAUGAUCCUGAAUUUGGCUAUUCCAAAGGACAACCUUGUAUUCUUGUGAAAAUGAACAGAAUAAUCGGAUUAAAGCCUGAAGGAAAUCCAAUGAUAGAUUGUUCGUCAAAGGAUCAAAGCAUAGCAAAUGUAUCAACUUAUCCUAAUAAUGGAAUUAUAGAUUUAAAGUAUUUUCCAUAUUAUGGGAAAAAACUACACGUCGGGUAUCGACAACCCUUAGUUGCUGUCCAGGUCAUGUUUGGAACUAACAGUACCAAGAGAGAAGUAACAGUUGAGUGCAAAAUUGAAGGAACAAGCAACCUGAAAAACCAGGAUGAUCGUGACAAGUUUUUAGGACGAGUUGUGUUCAAAAUCACAGUGCGUGCCUAGUCCGAGUGGGAUGUCUCCACAGAAUAAAUGUUGUAUUGUCUGUCUGCAUUUGUGUCAGCUGGACCUGCCAUUCUAGGAGGAAGUGGUGUGGUACACGACACUGGGCGACAUCGUAACGUGCUUCCAGAUCAGUGUCCAGUGUCCUCUGAAGUAACUGCCUGUUGCCUCUGCUGCCCUUUGAACCAUUGGACAGUUGCCAGAUAGGGACCAGUGAACACCCGAUUCUAACACGAGAAUGGGGGGGUCUCGUCCUGUUUAUGUGGUGUAAUCGCCAAGUGUCUUAAGCUUCAUGUGCUGUGUUGUGUAAAUAUUUUAUGGAUUUAACACUGGUAACUGUCAUAUUUUGAUGCCAACAAAGUCAAAAGGAUAAGAUGGUACCUUGCCAACAUCAAGUGACUAUAGCUGCAAGAAAUGUGUGUGGAGUUCUAUGUGAGGAAGGAAAAACAAUAAGAAAAUAAAAGUGGAUCUGAAAGUA